AUGAACUCUAGCAUGCCUGGGUCUUUUCCUGGGUCCUAUAACUCUGUCUCAGAACGGCAAGACUCCUCUUUGAUCGUGACACAACUCAUCAAGGUGCGAAAUAGUCUCAAGCAAGAAUUUAUGGACACACUGAACAUACUUCUAUUAUUGGAGCUGAUAGUCAUCUACCUCCAAGAUCAAUCAUUUUUCAAGAUGAUGAUCAGAAUCUCGCUGCAAUUGUUUCUUGCGGGCGUUAACUCGCAUACCUUGCGCCAAUGGAUCGAGUACAAUCUCUUAUCGACAGGACAAAUCAUCACUGAAGAGGCAAUAACGACCCAGUUAAUCUAUUUCCAGAGAGCAGUUCUGGUGGAGGUGAUCUUGAUGAACAGCAUAGCGCUUGCGGAUCAUCUUUUCUUUUACCGCGAUCAUAGCCACCUACCAGAAAUUCCGCAUAAUUCGCUAGUGUCUUAUCUGAAUCUACACACACAAUAUAGCAUCGAGUUUUACGAUUCCAAAGACACAUUUCGCUACAACUCUAUCUUCAUAAACAUCAUAGGAGAGGCUAGACCUACUACCAAAACCGGACUACUUAUUUUAGACGUUCUAGUCUUUUUAGGGCAGUACGUUACAUACAGUCUGAUUUAUUGGCCCGAAAAAUCAGAGCCUCCAAAAUCGACUACAGAGCAGUCUCUCUUGCUACGCGGAAACGAAAAUCCAAUACAGGGGGCUGUGACGAUAUUCAACGUGGAGCUGUUCCCAGCAACCACGUUUUCAGGUCUUUGGAACGGUUUGACGAUGUAA